AUGGAUUUCUCGCAGUUCAACCCCGCCGAGCAGGCGCACAUGACCAAGCUCAUCGAGCGCAAGCAGAUGCAGGACUUUAUGCGUCUCUACUCGGGCUUGGUCGAGCGGUGCUUCAACGCCUGCGCCCAGGACUUUACGUCCAAGGCUUUGACAAGCAACGAGACUACCUGCGUCAACAACUGCGCCGACAAGUUCCUCAAGCACUCUGAGCGUGUCGGUGCCCGCUUCGCCGAACACAACGCCGACCAGAUGAAGUAGACAUCAUGUAUGAUAUUGUGGCCGCGCUUGUCAUGGACUCGAUCGCCUGACAGCUCAGAAGACAAUGCAUAUGAUACGGUGGGGUCACAGUGACUGAUGAUGACACGCCUACGCCU